AGCAUGUGCGCAUGCGCAGUGCGGCAGAGCACGGUGAGAGAGCGGCGUCCUCAUGGCGAUGCUGAUAUCCCGACAUGGCAAACGGAGAAUGAGCUCAUGUUCGAUUCCUGAGUCUCACUGCGGGAUAUGCUUCCUCCUCGGACGGCUGCGGGCCCGACUGUCAACAACCCCCCCGGUUCCGACGAGGUCUUAAAGCGGCACACCCUCCUCAAGACCACUGGCGAGGACCGAACCGGAGGUCGACCUGUGGAUGAAAUAACAGCACGACAUUAUCAUCAUCAGCAGCAGCAUACAUGGUAGGUGAAAGAUCCAGGGCGAGAGAGAGGCGUCAGAGUCCGUGUCCAUGCGAGGGGGGUCGAGAUCCAAGAGGCAGUCAGAGAAACAGGGGAGAACAAGGAAUGACGAGACACACAGCAACAUCAACGCGGGAACGGAGGCUUGAAGAUGCAGUGGCACCAUGAGCAAAGCCAGUGGGCUGAACAGCAUUUUGACAUUUCCUCGACCACGCGCUCCCCAGGCCACAAGGCAGAGGCCUACCAUCUAGUACCCGGCAUCGUGCACUGCGCUGCCACUGAUCAGUAUGCCUGGGCCAACGAUGACAUCUCUGCCCUCACUGCCUCUAACCUGCUCAAGAAAUAUGCAGAGAAGUAUUCCAGUAUUCUGGCGGUGCCUGUCUCCUGUUCGGAAGCUCCCAGUGACCCAGUAGGGAUAAACGGACGCAAGGGUGAAUCGGACCCCUGGCAGGAUGGAGUCUAUUCCAUGAGUUGCAUCCCUGAUGGGGUUACCAUCCGCAAGGGAGGCGUUGCAGCCACUUCUGAGGUGGUAACUGGUUUGUGCAGCUCUCCUGGUAUUGCCUCCAGCACUCUUAGUGAACAGAACUACUCUAGAAGUAGCUGUGGAAACCACAUUACCACCGCACUCCACUCAGCUUCAUUGCCUUCUCAGGAAUAUUCUGUGCCUUACAGUGGUACCUACUUGCACAGUAGUUAUAAUUCCCAGUCUGUGCCUCCCCCUGCACAUCCGUCCCCGCUGCACAGCAGUGGAAUCUUGCAACCACCUCCACCAUCCUGUCACCCUACAUUAGUCCCACCUCACAAAGGAGGCGCACCAGACUUAUCUGGUUAUAAUUACUCUGCAGCCGGAUAUCCUGUUCAGAGCUCAGUAAGGCCUGGAUACAGCCCCAGGGGAGUACCCCUGUCAAACUCAUACAUUCCCUCAGGCAUUGCCACACCAACACCUCUUCCCCCUUCGUCAACUUUACCUGGGUAUCCAUACCAUAACCACAGCUUGACCCCAAUCACCCCAAGUCAUCUUAACAGUUGCUCCUCCAACACGCUGAAGAGGACGGCCUUCUACAUAACUGGUCAAGGAGAUAAUGAAACUCCUUAUCCUAACUUUGGAUUUGACCAGACUCUGAGCUCAGCCGACAGCAUGAUGUACAGAGUGGCAGACAGCAGCAGCACAAACGGGAGCUCUAAUGGUACCAGUGGCAUUGGCUUUGAUAGGAAUUCUGAAAAGUCAUUGCACCACUUUUCUCUGCAAAAGCAGUACACAAAGCCUUCGGAGCAGCAGCAGAAAAAGUACAACAACCAGGAAAGCAGCAUCCAGCUGUCUCCAUCACCCUGCAUUUCCUCCACACUAAGGGGUUCCCGCUCUGCAGAUUCUCUUUUUUGCUUUAUAUCCUCACAGCGUAGUGAGCAAAGUGCUGAAGAUCAUCACUUCCACCUCUCCCAUUCAGGGGCUCCAUCCUCCUCCUCAACAACAUGUUGCACCCUUUCUGCUCUAGAGCAACUAAAAACCUCCGACCCUCACCUAUUGGACAUGGUUACCUCCGAAAUUGUUCAGCAUGGGCCCUCCGUGGACUGGAGUGACAUUGCAGGCUUAGAACUCGCCAAAGUGACCCUGAAAGAGGAGGUCCUAUGGCCCAUCUUGCGUCCUGACAUAUUCACCAGCUUAGGAACCACACCGAAUUGUGUGCUGCUAUUUGGCCCGAGAGGCUGUGGCAGGACGUUAUUAGGCCAAUGCCUAGCCAGCCAGCUUGGGAAACCACUACUUCUACUCAGUGGGUCUACGUUAGUCACCAAGUGGCUGACAGACGGGGAGAGAAUUAUCCGAGCGUCCUUCCUUGUGGCGCACUGCCGCCAACCCUGUGUACUAUUUAUCAGUGAGGUGGACAUGCUGCUUGCAUCGCAACUCGCUGACAAAAGUCCUAUUAAUAGACUGAAGCGGGAGUUACUUUCCCAACUGGACUCACUUCUUAUGGGCUCAGGUGAGGAUGGAAGUAACCAAGUGUUAGUGGUUUGCUCCACAAGUAGACCCCAGGAAAUGGAUGAAGGGUUACACAGAUAUUUUGCUCUGAGGGUUCUGGUACCCCUGCCCGAUAGUGCAGCUCGACACCAGAUUAUCAGACAGCUCCUCACUCAAUCGCAGCAGAAAUACUGUAUGAGUGAGGAGGACCUGGCACUGUUGGUCCAACGCACUGGUGGUUUCUCUGGAUUUGACCUGGGCAGACUCUGCCAUGAAGCCCAGGUGGGUUUGUCACAUGUCUCCACACAACAAGGCAUAGACAUUAAUAUGAUGCCUCGGGGAGAGAAUCGGCCCAUGGCCUACCUGGACUUUGAGAGUGUCUUUUGUAAAUUACAUGCUAGUACAUCAGCAAAAGAAAUUGAUAUGUACACAGAGUGGAACAAAAUUUUCGGCUCCAGUCCCAAAAAGGACAGACUUUCUUGAUUGAUGUUCAAGCGUUACAAGUGCUUUUCCUCAGGGCAGACACAUUAUGCUGGAGGAAAAGACAACACAAGCUUGCAGUAUCUGUGCAAAGAUAAAAACAUACACUCUUGACAUUAAGUUAAUCAAAUUCAAGUGCCUAUAAUGGGUGCUUUAUGAUUUGAUUUGCUUCACAAUCAACAUGAUUUGAAUCAACCAAAUUAAGAGCUUUAAACUAUUGUGUUUGGAACUAGGACUUGGUUUGCCAUUGUGUACAGGUUAGUUGUGCUUUUCCAGGGUAAAUUUGUUUUAGGCAUUGACUCCGCAAAUCAACCAAAAACUCAGGAAGGCAGUUGAGCAAACACCGUAACCUCAUGAUAUUGUACAGUUAUAUACACGCUUACUUGGGUGUUUGAAAUAUAAAUGUUUAGCUCUAGGAUUAAGAUAAAGGUCUAUCCAUACCAGUGGUUUUAAUGGAUCCACAGGUAGUCAGCCACAUGCCCAAACCCUGAGCCCCUAACCCUAACAAUGACAACAAUGUCCAAUUAAGAAAAAGCUCUUAUUUUCCUGUCUAUAGGCAAAUACGUGUAAUGUCAAAUAUGUUUAUGAAUGAAAAUGUGUUGUCUCCAAAAUGUUGAACAUUCCAAUAAGUCUAUAUAAUCAAUAUUUUGUAUUUUUUCCACAUACAGUUUGCUACCAUUUAUGUACAUUACACAAGCUAAUUAAUGCACUUCAGAUUAUUAGCAGCUGCAAGUGCCAUUUUUACCAGUAUUAUUUUAUUUAUAAUUGAAGGUUUUCUGUUGUCCUUGGUUUACAGGAAAUACAGGUAUGUGUUUCUAGAA